CCUAUCCAUUCCUUCUGUCUCGAGCUUUUGAGCUUAUGGGAUGAUUGAUAGUCAUAACCACAAACCGUAUAUCUCAGCUUUGUGAACUGGCCCUUGAGUUCUUUGUGACAUGGAGAGAUUGAUAGCCGGUGGCCUUCGGAUCAAUAUUUCUCGGGGGAUGUCCGAAUGAAACCCCCCACUAUUCCCCCACGUUACCUUUCAAUUGGUACCGGGUACAUCCUCCCACCACGCCAAUACCACAUCUCCUGUCUCACUCUACAAGAAUCAUUCCUCUUCUGCUCCAUAUCAAUGCUCUUUUCAACCGAUACACCCUUGUAACUCUUCUCACAGCCCUCCUACGCGGCCCAAAGACAUCUUUGUUAUGUCUUCUUGCAGAGGACCAGUUCACCCCUAAUACAUGCUCACUCAUAAAACCCGAGCUUACAACAUGGACCUACCAACCCAACUCCGCCUGGCCCUACAGUCAUCCCACUACCCAGUCCCCUCCCAAACCUGGCUCACGGCCCUCGCAACAUCACGCACCCCGCCUCCACCCUUCCAAUCCCUCCUCGCAACCGCCAAAGCCCGCCUCCUAGCCGCAGACCUCACCACCCCCGGCCUCGUCGACCCAGCCCACGCUACCCCGCUGCCGGAAAACAUAUCCGACCCGAACGUCCCGGAACGGACCCUCACAGGCAACGUGCACGUCCAAGUCGUCGACAUUGAGAACCUGGCCCGCAGCCGCUGGGAGCAAGUCGAGGAGCUCGAGGCGCUGGAACGCGGCGAGGGCACCCGCGGGAGGGAAAUCAUCCGGCUCCCCGCCCCGGGUCAGGGGGAUGAUGAUGAUGAUGGGGUAAACGGCGGUGCGGAUCUCGGCGAUGAGGCGGAGAGCCAAGGUCUUGCGGCGCAUGCGCAGAGGACGGCGUCGAGGACGACUUCAGGUGGUGGUGGUGGUGGUGGUGGUGGUGGUAGUGGUUCGAAUGCGACGGCCCCCGGUGGUAAGAAGGCUACGCAUCGUCUCGUGUUGCAGGAUCAUGCGGGGAGGACUGCAUACGCUAUCGAGUUGAAGCGGGUUGAUCGUAUCGGUGUCGGAGUUACUGGUAUUGGCGAGAAGAUGAUGCUGAGGAGCGGGACCGCGGUAGCGAGGGGUGUGGUACUGCUAGAGCCCGAUAACUGUGUCGUGCUCGGGGGCAAGAUUGAUGCCUGGCAGAAACCCUGGCUUGAGGGUCGGCUAAAGAGGUUGAGAGAGGCCGUGGAGAACAGGCCGUCACCGACAUGAGCGGCAAAGAAUCGCCAAUUGCACGGUGUGGGCAGACACGUUGGUGUAUGGAGUUUGGGAUGAUACCCCUGUUCUUUUUUCUUUUUUUUUCC